AGUCUGAACCCCUCUCCGCCAUCCCUCGAAUUUUCCAUUUCGAUAUUCAUGCUACAAUGGUGCGUGAGCUCGGCGCCGACUCCUUCUACGCGCGCCUCCGCGCCGCCACCGCCGCCGCCGCAGCGGUUUCCUCCGCCUCCGCAUCCCCUCUCCUGAUCCUCCCGUCCGCGUCCGACGCCGACUCGCUCUGCGCGCUCAGGAUCCUCGCCCACGUCCUCUCCGCCGACUCCGUCCGCUUCUCCGUCUACCCCGUCGCCUCCACCGCCGAUGCCGCGGAACUCCUCGCCUCCUUCUCCGGCGCCGCCGUGUCCUCAUCCCAGCCGCCGCCUCCGCUCUGCGUACUACUCAUCAACUGGGGCGCGCGCUGCGACCUCCUCCGCGGCGUCCUACCGAGCGGCUCCACCGCUUUCGUCGUGGACUCACACCGCCCCGUGAACCUCCGCAACCUCGCCGCGGGGAACGACCGCGUCGUCGUCCUCUUCACCGCUGACGACGAGUGCACCGCCGACCUGUCGUAUGACUUCGACGUGUCCUCCCUUGCCGAUGCCUCCGACCUAACGGCCGAGGGGGACGCGGACGACGACCACCUCUGCGCCUCCGAGGAAGAGGAGUCAGAUGGCUCGGAUUACGAUUCCGACGCCGAGGGCGGGAUGAGGAAGAGACGGCGCGCGUCCGAUGACGCGGAGGCGGACGGCGGCGAUCCGGUGAGGCUGUUCGGGAGGCUGCGGCGGGAGUACUACCGGCUCGGCACCUUCCACGGGAAGCCGUCGGGGUGCCUCAUGUACGACCUCGCCCACGCGCUGCGCAGGAACACCAACGAGCUGCUCUGGCUUGCCUGCGUCUCCCUCACCGACCAGUUCGUCCACGAGCGCAUCACCAACGAGCGCUACCAGGACGCGGCCAUGGAACUCGAGCAGCACAUCAACGGAUCCGGCAACCUCGAUCCGUCCGGCGUCGGGUCCGUGGUCACGCUCAAGGACGGGACCAGGAUCCGUGCGCCCGAGACCUCCCGCAUCGCCUACGAGGACGAGCCGAGGCUUAUGCUGCUGCGGGAGUGGACCUUGUUCGACUCCAUGGUCUGCUCCUCUUAUGUCGCGACGAGGCUCAAGACGUGGAGCGACAACGGGCUCAAGAAGCUGAAGCUUCUUCUGGCGAGGAUGGGGUUCCCGCUCGCCGACUGCCAGAAGGGGUUCCAGUACAUGAGCAUGGAUGUCAAGAGGAAGAUGCGCGAUGAGUUUGACCGCUUCCUGCCGGAGUAUGGGCUCACCGACUUCUACUACCGAAGCUUCCUGAGGGUGCACGGGUACAAGUCCAAGGUCUCUGCUGCGGAUCUUGUGUAUGGCGUCACCGCUUUGCUUGAAUCUGUGAAUGCCGAGUCCAAGGAGUGUCGUGCUGCUGAGCAAUUCUGGGUUGCAUACUCUGCAUUGUCUCCGAGCAAUGUGGAUCAGCUGCAGAAAGGAAUGCAAUCUGCAAUUGAGAUACAGAGGGCUAUACUGAGGCAAGGAAGCUCGGCCAUCACCAAGAGCGGCUUCAUACGGAGUGCAAAGAAGUUCCGGUGGGUGAAGCUUGAUGACCCAGUGGACACGAGCAAGCUGUGCCACCCUCAGGCCCUGACCAAGUUCUGCUUCUUCCUGAUGGAUGCACUGAAGGAGCGGGGUGCAAGGAUGAAGCCACUGGUGUGUGCUUGCUUAGGGAGGGAACCUGAGAAGGUGCUGGUAGUUGGGGUAUGGGGGAAGCCCAGGCUUGGGGCAGUUCAGGGGAAUUCGUUCGGGAAUGCAUUUAGGUCAGCGGCAGAGGAGAUUGGGGCAGACUAUUUCCAUGACAUGUUUGAGUCAUCAUGGAUUGUUCUUGACGUUGUUGCUGUCAGUUCUUUCAUGAUUCGGUUAACAGAGAAACUGUAAUGAUGGUAUGUGCUGGCCUAUGCCAGUUAUCCUUUUUAGUCCCAAGGAGUUUGAGGCUUGAUUCUGCUUCCAAAUAUAGGAGCUUCAGUCCUGGCGGUACAUGACAUGUAUUUUCUCCUUAUCCACCUGAACCUUUUCAUGAUCAUGUUUCGCAACGAGAACGGAGGUUUUCCACUGUUUAGCCACUUCAAUUAGUAAAUAAUAGAUCAAUGAAAUUCAGAUGCAAACCUUAUCACAGUAUGGAAAUGAACAAGGUAUAUGGUACUGUUGACCUGAUA